GCAGCCCUCUUAUAAAAACACAGGAAAAUCAUGGACAUCGACAGCAAAGAUGUGCAGGCCCCUGUGCUUAAACCUGAAGCACAACACUUAGAAGAAAUUAUCGAGAACUUCCGUCCAGUCAAAAGGAAACAGAUUGGACGGAAAACCAGCUAGUGUUCACUCGAUCUGCUUAGGUAGAAGUUUGAAUUACAAGCAGGCUGUUAUCAGUUGAAAAGUGUUGAAGAGAAGGUGAAUUUCUCAGGCUGAAGCACCAAUGCAGAACUUGAAGCUUGUAGUUGUCGGCGACGGGGCUGUGGGGAAGAGUUGCCUUCUCAUCUCCUACACCACCGGCUCCUUCCCUAGCAACUAUGUCCCCACGGUGUUUGACAACUAUUCCAACAGUGUUAUGGUUGCAGGAAAGGCUUACAACCUAGGACUCUUUGACACCGCUGGACAGGAGGACUAUGACCGACUGCGUCCGCUGUCUUAUCCAGGAGCUGACAUCUUCUUGCUGUGUUUCUCUGUCGAGAGUAGAGCAUCGUUUGAAAAUAUCGCGACCAAGUGGAUUCCAGAGAUUCAAUAUCAUAUGCCUUGUACUCCGAUCCUUCUGGUUGCAACCAAGAUAGAUCUCCGUGGGAGGUCUACAAAUAGUUGUAUCACAUUUGACGAGGGCUUCAAGUUGUCCCAGAAACUCAACUUGGAUUACAUGGAGACAAGUGCACUGGAGAGAACAAACGUAAACAACUGCUUCGAGAAGGCAGUUUAUAUGUCUGUGUCUAAUAGAGGGACGAAGGCCAAACUGAAGAAGGGCUUUGGAAUUUUCAGCUUUGGCGGGAAAAGCAGUGUACCCCGACCUCCGGAGAUGCCCCCAGCAGGUAAAGCACCCUGGAUUGAAAUCCAAACCUCAACCAUGGCAGGUGACUUUGGCAAGGCGUUGGAGCAGCCAACUUUCUCUGACGUCAUCUUCAUCGUUGAAGGGAAGAGCAUCUUGGCCCACAAACUAGCACUCUGCAGUGCCUCCAACUACUUCUGUCGCGUCUUUGGCCUAAAACCACCAGACCAGGGAACGUCAAGCGGUUCCAAAGUCUGGAACUUUACCUGGGAGGAUAUCAACGAGGGCAAGAUCGCUGGUUUAGCUGGUAUCCUCGAUGAAGUGACCCCAGACAGCGGCCUGCUUGAGAAAGCAAAAACCAAGGUGAUGAUCAGUGCAGACAUCUCUUACAAGACCUUCCGCCAUGUCUUGGAGUUUCUGUACACAGGCCUCCCUAACAUCAUGGAGGAUGCCAGUGUGGAAGACCUGGUGGCUUUGCGGAAAGCAUCCAGCACCUUCCGCCUCCCCGAGCUCGACACCAUCGCCAAGAACUUGCAGAAUGAAGAAGAGUUCCUGAAUCCUAGCAUUGGAACCUACCUGAAUGACCAGACAGGACAGAGGGCCAAGUGGUUGUUCCUGAACAAACAGGCACUGUCUGAUGUCCGAUUCAAAGUUGAAGAGACAACAGUUUAUGCCCACAAGAUGAUGUUGACUUCCCGCUGUGAAUUCAUGGCUGGAAUGUUCAGCGGCCUCUUCCAAGAAAGCAGCAAAGAUGAGAUUAAAAUUGAAGACGUGAGUUUGGAGUGUUUCUUGGCCCUCCUGGAGUACCUGUACACUGACCACGCCCCUAUAGAGGAGGGUGAUGCCGUGGGGAUCCUUGUAGCUGCUGAUCGGUAUGGCCAAGAUCGACUGAGAAAUCUCUGUGAGCUGUACAUCACCAAGGGGGUAGAUGUGGCUGUAGCAAACUGCAUUGCAGAGGCGCAUGUGGAUGUCAUUGGAUUGCUGCAUACAGCUCAGUUGCACAAUGCCAACCAACUGGCCACGUGGUGCCUCCAUUUCAUCUCCAGUAACUUCAUGGCCUUCCAGAAGCGGGCGGAGUUUAAAAUGCUGGAGGGGGAGAACCUGAAAUACAUCACCGAGCACCGCUGGCCUCCCGUGAGCUACCUGGAAGCGCUGGAGAAAUACAAUGCCAAAUAUGGAAAGAAAGAUGAAAGGUGCAAAGUUCAGUGAAAGAAAAAAAACAAGGAGUAAUUGUACAAGUCAUAAUGCACUGUUUUGUAGCUCACUGGAGAAUACAUGUCGAGGGGAAACGCUUGGGUGGGGUCUCCAUGGUAUCUCCAGCUGUUUUUGUUAUUUCAGGUUUAGUCAACGAAUGUACAAAAGGUUCACUUCAGCCUAUCCCAGUGAUACGAAACUCUUGCCAUCUGAGACGUCUUAACGCAGAACAUCUAUUGUAAAAAGAGAUAUUGUAAUUUAAAAAAAUUGGAGGAAAAAAGGGUGACUUGCUUGCCACUUGCCAAGCUCAACUCUCCAUCCUGCCAAUCUAGAAUCAGCAUCAUGCAAUUUGAGGUCACCGUAUCAUUUCUUACCUCAACUUUUUGGGACUGCCAGUUUUGCCUCAAUGCAUCUCACAUACUGAAGGCAUUACCGUUGGUAUAUUCCUAAAAAUGUUACCCACGACUAGCUUUCAUGCAUUUGUUCCUGAAGACCUUUGAAGAACUUUUUUUUCUCCAAAGAGUACAUUGUCAAAGUAGCAGAUGUUAAACUCUGUAAAAAUAACCGUAUCUGGAAUGUAUAUUUUAAUGAAACUAACAGAAGUAAGCUAUGAAGAAGACUGACUUGAGUCAUAAGUUUUGUUUUUAAACACAGGUAAAACAAGGAGAUUUUUUAAAAGUAUAUUAAUAUACGUUUGGUUGUUAUUUGAGGUUUUUUCUACUGUCAUAUAUUGAGCAGAGUUUCAGACAACAUUUGAAAAUUUGAUUCUUAAGUCCUCUUGAUGACUUGGAAAGAAAUUGUCCUGUUUUCUUCAUGUUAGAUGCUUUUUACUUAUCAACAUUAUAAAAUGGGACACCCAGAUUAGCGUACAAUCCACCCCAAAGACACCUGUACGCCUUCUGCCUAGCUGAAAGCUUGGUGCUAAAAGUCUUUUGGUGGGUGAGUGUUGGAUAAAUUGUUUGUUGUACGCUACAGAGUUUCUCCUUCCCCCAUCAGCCCUCAAUUUUGUCACAUGAAAAUAUUCUUCUUUUUAUGAAAAUGUGUAAGUCCAUAUAUUCAGGGUUCUCUGUAGGCUGCAUGUUUGAUCUGCCGGUAAGCGCCUUCCUGAAAAAAAUAAGUUUCUUACUUACCAGGCAUUCAUUUAACAAUUAAAGCCUACCACAAUUUGCAUGUAGCUUAGAAGUUCUCGAAGCUUAUGGGACUAUAAAAUAAGACAGCUCUUCACAUAAAUGUCCUAGCAUGUAUAAAUUACUGGUAUGCAUGGACGUAUUUAGAAUGUUCUAAACUACAUGUAUUGCAUUUCAAGUGAUAAAAUUCCAGUGAUUGUAUCAGACAAUAACUGUAAUGUGUUUUGAAUAUAGUCCCUAUCAUAUACUCCUUUUAAAAUAUCUUUCUGGGGUAUAACCUCUGUCGCUUACAAAAAUUGGAGAAUAAAUAACAUGUAUGGCCAAAUCUUAUGCAA